AUGUCCAAGACCACUCUAGCUAUCAUUGCCGGCAUUUCAGCGGCCACAGGCGCUGCAGCAACAGCAGCGAUCUUCUUAUCGCCCUCAGAACGCAAGCUCCCUCCAACCGUACCGUCAGAUACUCCAACGCCCACCUCAACCGCAGCGCCAGCGCGAGUGCCAGUGCCAGUGCCAUCUUAUCCUCGCCCAUUGAAGGAUAUAGCUCCUCCCGUGAACCCCAAUGGCCUCUUUCAGUAUGGCUUCCCCGGCCCAGUCAACGACCUUCACCCCACGCUCUCCACAACCUCCGUCUUUGACCGCCGCACGCGUAACCCCGCCUGGGUAGCCGAACACAUAACGCCCACCUCGCUCUCUGCCAACAACGCCGAUCGCAAGCACUCUUACUUUGUUGAAGAUGAUGCCAUUCCUGCCAUAUUUCGCGCCAAGCUCGACGAUUAUCGCCGCUCUGGCUACGACAGAGGUCAUCAGGUGCCGGCUGCGGAUGCAAAAUGGAGUCAGGAUGCUUUAGAUCAGACGUUCCUACUGAGCAACAUGUGUCCGCAAGUGGGCGACGGCUUCAACAGGGAUUACUGGGCGCACUUGGAGGACUUCUGCCGGAGGCUAACGAACAAUUAUCCAAGUGUGCGGAUCGUGACUGGUCCGCUCUACCUGCCCAAGAGAUCUCCUGAAGAUGGAAAAUGGAAGGUCUCAUACGAGGUCAUCGGCAACCCUCCUAAUGUUUCGGUCCCAACGCAUUUCUACAAGGUCAUCUUUGCAGAGGAUGGAAAGACUGGAGGAAACGUUAGCUUAGGGGCUUUCGUCUUGCCCAACGCGCCCAUCGCAAACGACAAGCCGUUGACCGACUUUGAGGUGCCAGUCGAAGCCGUUGAGAGGGCGAGUGGAUUGCAAUUCGCCUCAAAGCUGCCUUUGCAGAGAAGGCGCAAGCUUUGUCAAGAGGUCCAUUGCACCAUCAUAGCACGUGAAUAUGCUGAGAGACAAAAGAACUUGAUGGGACAAGCGCCGGGCAAAAGGUUGCUAGGUGAGGAUAGGAUGCUUUCCUCCGGAGAUCUGUUUCACCUUCUUGCUUCAUUGAAUACCGCGGUACUCGCUUUACCCUCCGAUUUCCAUUCCCCACCAUACAUUCAGUCCAGAGAAAUCAGGAGCUUAGCAAAUUCCGUCCUCGUGAACAACUCCUUGACAGAAACGACCAAUCUCACCCUUGCUACCACCAGCUUCCCAGACUACGACACCUCCAGUAACGCAGAACCGACAUUCUUCUGCCACAUCAAUCCCCCACUUCCAGCUCCACCAAAAUGGGGUAACGUUGACCUCGUCGAAUGCGGACUUCUCAUCUUGACCAUGCUCGCCAACGACUCCGCCGACCUCCACGCUUCACGAUGA